CAAGAUCCCACUGGGCGGCUGCGGGGCCCACAGAUACGAGGUUGGCCAAACGGUAGUCUACAUGGUGGAGAUCAUCAACACGGUUCAGUCAAUCACCCUCAACUAUGGGACCAUCACCAGAGACUCUCCUAUCAGGCUGCUGGUUGAGUGCCAGUACACUCCUGGCUCUGUGGUGAGUGUUGGCUUCCUGGUCAAGACCCCCUCCUUUGGCCCCUCCAUUCAGGCCCAGGGUGUGUUGGGGGUCCAGCUCAGGAUUGCCACAGAUGAGCAGUACAGUAGCUUCUACCCCCAGUACCACCGGCCCCUGCAGAUGCUCUUGGGUAAACCCUUACACCUUGAGGUGCGUCUGCUCAACCCCCCAGAUGACAAAGUGGUCCUGCUGGUACACUACUGCGUGGCCUACCCCAGAUCAGGACAGACUGUCUGGGUACUCCUCUAUAAUGGGUACGCUGCAGGGUUACCUUUGACCUUCUAG